AUGGCCUCUCUAUCAAAGAAAAUCAGUCGAAAAAAGUAUUGCUUAAUCAGUUUAAUCAUAUUUCCUCUUCUCUUACUUAUUUAUCACUCUUAUUCUCUAUACAAUGAUUCUCCUGCGAUCACUCAACGAAAGAUUUAUUUGAAUUUCACUGAAUUAACAUCUGAUUUACGCGAAUAUUUCUCCAAUCCGAAUGCAAAUCUUACUGAAAAGUUAUUUCCAUGGAUUUAUUAUUCGCCGAACAAUCGAACUGUGAACGAUUUCAAGGGGGAAAAGAACAGCAAAGGAAUCGUUAUUUGCACGGGAAAUGAACAUUUUGGUGUUGCAUUAGUGGCAAUCAAAGCUUUGGAAGUCGUCGAAAAUGAAUUACCAAUCGAAGUCAUUUAUUCAACUCCAUCUGAUCUUUCUCAGGAAAAUCAGGAUAUUCUCAGGAAACAUUAUUCCAAUAUUCGCUUAAUCGAUCUAUCAACGAUGAGUUUUAAUGAUAAUUAUUUGAAACUGCGAGGUUGGGAAAUCAAACCCUAUGCUGUUUUAGCGUCUCAAUUCGAACAAGUUCUUCUAAUGGAUGCCGAUGUGCUAUUUUUCGAAAAACCCUCGCUUUUAUUCCAACAUGACUUAUACAAUCAAACAGGAAGUUUAUUCUUCUACGAUCGUCCAAAUAUCACUAAAGGUCAUAUUAAUUGGGUUGAAUCCUUCUCCAUACAAUCAAAUCGAUCAUAUCCUCAGCGAACACAAGAGUCCGGCGUUGUUCUCAUUGACAAAUCUCGUCUUUUCUCCGGCCUUCUCGCUAUUUGUAAACUUAAUGAUUAUCACGAACGACAUCAAAUCACAUACGAACAUUUGUAUGGAGAUAAAGAUACGUGGUGGAUUGGUUUACAUAUGAUGAACAUUUCUUAUUCGUUUGUUCCAACUCUGACUGCGGGAAUCGGAAAAAUCGGAAAGAAGAAGAAACAGACGAUCCUUUGCGGACAUCUUUUGCAUUAUAAUGAAGAGAAAACACUUCUUUGGUGGAAUGGUGGAAUUCUCAAGAGUCGAUCUGAGAGCAAGAAGGAUUUACUGAACAUCGAGGCGUGGAAUGAAGAAGGACAAUGGCGAAUCGGAAUUUAUUCUUGUUUGACGAAUCAUCAACAAACACCGAAGAAAUUCACUUUUCGACAACAACAAUUACUGAAUAGUUAUCAUCAAAUAACAAAAGAAGUUUUUCACAUUUAG